AUGCCUAACACUCAGGAUGAUGCCCACUCAGGAAUCGGAGUCGCCCAGCAGGCAGAUGGUGUGCUAGGGAGUAACGAGGGUGGCUCAAGCCUAAACAAAGAGAUAGUGGAGACAGAAUGCCACCAAGCUCCCCCCGAUGCUGAAAACAGACCAACAGAACAUGUCGCUUUGCAAUCGAUCAUAUCCCGCCGUGAUGACCGAGACGGCGUCUCAUUGUCACAUACCGUCACACGAGCCUCAAUGGAUCGAUACGGGAAUACAUAUCCCGAAGGCGGGUUGCAAGCCUGGCUUGUUGUGCUCGGGAGUUUCCUAGGCUUGUUUGGAUCUCUUGGUCUCAUCAACACAAUCGGCACAUUUCAAACUUACAUUUCGACGCAUCAGUUGCAGAAUUAUAGUGAAGGAGCUGUGGGCUGGAUUUUUGGCGUAUACGCUUGUCUUACCUUCUUCUGUGGUGUCCAGAUAGGUCCAAUCUUCGACGCCAAAGGACCGCGUCUCCUUGUGCUAGCGGGGUCUAUUCUUAUUAUUGUUGCCAUGAUUUCGGUGGCUUUUUGCACGCAAUAUUGGCAUUUUAUGGUUGUUCUCGGCAUAAUUACCGGCGUUGGCACAUCGUUGAUCUUCACACCUGCAAUUGCUGCAAUCGGUCACUUCUUCUACGAGCGACGAGGCGAAGCCACUGGUAUCGCAUCGACAGGGGGUUCAUUGGGUGGAAUUGUGUUUCCAUUGGUGCUCGAGGCGCUCUUCCCUAGAAUCGGCUUUGCGUGGGCAACCCGCGUUGUUGUCCUUCUCUGCCUGUUGACACUGGGCAGCGCCUGCAUUCUUAUUCGUUCUCGACUUCCGUCCCAGCCAGCAUCAAAGAAAAAUAUUCUUCCCGAUUUCCGUAUAUUUAAAGAUCCAAUCUUUAGUCUCACUACCGCGGGCGUGUUCCUCAUUGAAUGGGGGUUGUUUGUGCCGAUUGCGUAUAUCUCCUCUUAUGCAUUAGCCGAGGGCUUCUCAAGCUCAUUCUCAUAUCAAAUCCUUGCCAUUCUCAACGUCGGUUCCGUCUUCGGCAGAUGGCUUCCGGGUUAUUUUUCGGAUUUCCUUGGCCGCUUUAAUACCAUGAUUAUCACAAUAUUAGGUUGUUUACUCAGCACUGCCUGUUUCUGGUUUCCGGCUAGUGAUAGGAGGGCACUUCUGAUUGUGUAUGCCCUGACAUUUGGUUUCUUCAGCGGCAGUAAUAUCAGUUUGACCCCAGUAUGCGUGGGUCAACUCUGUAAGACGGAAAAUUACGGCCGAUAUUACGCCACGGCAUAUACUAUUGUCAGUUUUGGCACAUUGACUGGUAUCCCUAUUGCUGGAGAGAUUCUAUCGAGGUGUAACGGUCAGUAUUGGGGUCUCAUUGCGUUUGUGACGGCAUGUUACUUUGGCGGCUUGCUAGCAUUCACGGCUGCUAAGCUGGUCAAAGUCGGCUGGAAUCGCCCAUGGAUUGUGUUCUAG